GAAAUGUUUCUUAUAGUUGGUUCACAUUUGUUUGGAGCAGUGAAUUGAGUGCCGAUGUGUGUUUUGUCUGCGCGUGAGGGGCGUGGACGCGUCCUGCCCUGAGCGCACAGUGCGCGUACAGCAGGCGCAACACACAGCAGUGCGCGCCGCGCAACUCCAAAACAAACAAAAAAUGGGGCUUGAAAAAGAAAAAAUGGAAACCAGUGUCAUUAUGGAUGAGGAUGAAUUCAAUAGAUCGAUUGAACCUAUACUGGAGGGAAAACCGCACGUGUAUUCAGAAGUCCCGGACAGAGACCCUAAAGAUAUUAACGCGCACCUACAGGUUGGUUUUGAAGACAUCAUUGCUGAACCCAUCUCCACGCACAGCUUUGACAGAGUGUGGAUCAGCAGUCACGCUGUGUUUGAGCUGGUGAAAUUCAUCUUCUACCGGAUCCUCACCACGUUUCUGGCCAUUCCCAUGGCAUUCAUUGCAGGGAUUGUUUUCGGGAUCCUCAGCUGUAUACAUAUUUGGGUGGUGAUGCCAGUGAUCCAGGGCUGCAUGAUGACACUGCCCUCCAUCCACGUGAUCUGGACCAGCCUGAUGGACAUGUUCAUAGUGCCGUUCUUCUUCAGCAUUGGACGGUGCUUGUCGUCCAUUAAUGUAAAGACUGUGCAAAACUGAGCAAAUCUAACUCAGCAGAGAAGUGUUGCAGAAUCUCUUUCUCACAAUGUUGUGGCCUCCUUUUGGAGGAUUAUUAGCUGAAGGAUUAUUUAUCCUUGACUUCUGAAGCACAGAGAAGAGAAAGAAGUUUUUUUUAUUUCAAUGCACAGUUGCAAUAUUCAUUCCAUUGUUUUGGCACUGACACAUCAGCCUCGUAAUGCUGACAUGCUUUUUCAGUACUGUUAUGUAAGUCUAAUUAAGCUUUUGUUAUAUAUAUAAUGCAAGACUUUUCAAAUGAAUAUGUGCUGAAAAUGAAAUCACCCUCAGGUCAUCUAAGAUGUAGAUGAGUUUGUUUCUUCAUCAGAAAAGAUUUGGAGAA